AUGGCCCACCAGUUCGAGGACCUCCUCGUCUUCGGUUUAAACCGCAACAUCGCCGUCUUCCGCAGUCUCGCAGAUGUCUUCUUUCUCACUACUCUCGCUCUCUGCGAGAUAGCCAUAGCAUUCUUCAUAGUCGCUCUCGGCGUUGUUGACCCCAUGCGCCGUUUCGAAGUCACCUUUUGGCUCCUUAGACGACGCGCAGCCAUGACCAAACGCAAGGAAAAGAAGGGCCAGUCUGGCGCGGCCAAGAACUACAUCACCCGCACCCAGGCCGUCCGCAAGCUGCAGAUUUCGCUGCCCGACUUCCGCCGCCUAUGCAUCUUCAAGGGCAUCUACCCUCGCGAGCCGCGCAACAAGAAGAAGGCGAACAAGAGCGCCUCGCACUCGACCACCUUCUACUACACCCGCGACAUCCAAUACCUGCUCCAUGAACCCCUGCUCGCCAAGUUCCGCGACCACAAGGCUCUGGCCAAGAAGAUCAGCCGCGCUCUCGGCCGUGGCGAGGUCCGCGAUGCCGCCCGUCUGGAGAAGAACCUGACGCCGCGCAUGACCCUGGACCACGUUAUCAAGGAGCGCUAUCCCACCUUCGUCGACGCCCUCCGCGAUCUCGACGACUGCCUGUCCAUGCUUUUCCUCUUCGCCAACCUGCCUUCGACCGUCGCCGUUCCCGCCAAGACCAUCGCCCUGUGCAAGCGCCUGACGCUCGAGUUUGAACACUACCUCAUCAUCUCGCAUUCGCUCAAAAAGUCUUUCCUCUCCAUCAAGGGCAUCUACUACCAGGCCACCAUCCAGGGCCAGGACAUCCUCUGGCUUGUUCCCUACAAGUUCGUCCAGCGCGUCACCAACGACGUCGAUUUCCGCAUCAUGGGCACCUUUGUCGAGUUUUACACCACCCUUCUCGGCUUCGUCAACUUCCGUCUGUACAACUCGGUCGGCCUCUUGUACCCACCCAAGUUUAGCAAGGAGAGCGACGACCAAGGUGGAGAGCUGGGUGCCUUCACCCUGCAGGGCAAGGCCCUUGGAGAGCAGCCCACAAUCGCAGCCGCGCCCGUUGCCAACGGUGACGCAAAGACGUCCGAGGCUGCUCAGGCAGCUGCCGACAAGGUCGCAACCCUCGCCGAGCCAGACGCCGAGAUGCACGACGCCGACGACGCUGCCGACGCAGAGCUGCCCACCGACGCCAUUGACAAGUUCGAAGCAACCGGCGACGACGCCGACGUGCUCCCUCAGCCUCAAGCCAGCAGCACCGAGGCCGCCGCGCUCUUCGAGAAAUUCACCGUCUUCCUUUCUCGCGAGACGCCGCGUGAGCCGCUGGAGUUCCUCCUCAAGUCCUUUGGCUGCAAGCGCGUGGGCUGGGACGCCGUGCUCGGCGACGGAGCCUACACCACCAACGAGUCGGAUCCGGCCAUCACCCACCAGAUCGUCGACCGGCCGAACAUCCCCGUGCCCACCCUCUCCGAAGCCGAGCUCAACGGCAGCGAGGCCAACGGCGUGCAGAGACUGAAACCCGGCACCCGCGUCCCCGGCCGCACCUACAUCCAGCCGCAGUGGGUGUGGGACUGCGUCAACCAAGGCAGGCUCCUGCGACCCGACCUCUACGCCCCCGGCGCAACCCUCCCGCCCCACCUGAGUCCCUGGGUCAAGCCUAAGAAGGGCGAGUACGACCCCACCAAGCCUCUCGAGGAGCAGGAGCGCGAGGGCGAGGCCGAAGAAGCCGACGAGGAGGACGAGUCCGAGGCAGAGGAAGAGGAGGCGGCGGCGCCCAAGAAGAAGGCCGCCAAGGAGAGCAAGCUCCUGGAUCUGCCCGACGAGGUCGAAGCCGGCGAGGGCAUGGACGUCGCCGGUUCCGAAGACGAGUCUGACGAGGAGGACGAGGACGAAGAGGAUCAGGAUGAGGAGGACGAGGCCGAGGAGCUCGAAUCCGACAUCGACGACGAGGAAGCCGCGCGCAUCCAGCACCAGCGCGAGCUCGAAGCCGAGGCCAAGGGCAAGCCGUACGCCGCGGACGAGGCGGACAAGAAGAAGGGCGACGCGCGGAAACGCAAGGCCAAGAAGGACAAGGCCGAGGACGAGGAGCUGGAGAGGCAGAAGAUGAUGAUGUCGCGGAGCAAGAGGAAGCUGCUCGAGAAGAUGACGUACAGCAACAAGAAGAAGGACGAGCAGGCCGAGAAGCUCCGGUCGAAGAGGAGGAGGCUCGAGAAGAACAAGGCGUGA